AUGUCAAUUCCACACCUUCGCAAGACCAAAACCUCAAGCCAGCUUGUCGUUGAUGGCGAACCUUACCUCAUACUCGGCGCUGAACUACACAAUUCCACUCUCAGCUCCGCGAAAUACAUGGCCGAUGAAAAGAUAUGGCAGAACGUGCGCGACAUGCACAUCAACACGCUGCUCGGUUCAGUACCCUGGGAGCAGAUCGAACCAGUAGAAGGUCAAUUUGACUUCUCGAACCUCGACGCUGUGAUUUUGGCGGCGCGCCAAAACAACAUCAAACUUGUGCUACUUUGGUUUGGCAGCUUCAAGAAUGCGCUCAGCACUUACGCACCUGCGUGGGUGAAGAAAGACGUGAAGAGGUUUCCUAGAGUGCAUGCGCUAGAAGCAGGAGGCAAGAGAAGGACGGUCGAACUCAUAAGCCCUUUCUGCGAGGCGGCAUGGACGGCUGACGCAAAGGCGUUCGCGAAGCUCAUGACACAUCUGAAGGAAUUCGAUGGGCAGCACAGCACUGUAAUCAUGAUGCAGGUUCAGAAUGAGACUGGGUUGAUGGGCGAUUCCAGGGACCGCUCGAAGAUCGCGGAAAAGAAAUUCCAGGAACCUGUACCGAAAGCACUGCUCGAGCAUCUUCAGUCUAAAAGCGACGAACUGCACCCAGAGUUCAAGAAACGGUUUGACAUCACCACAGCGAAAGCAGGCGAGGCAUCAUGGACCGAGCUGUUCGGCGCCAACGACAUCAUCAACGCUGAAGAGAUGUUCAUGGCAGACGCCUUUUCGAAGUACAUUAAUCACGUCGCUGCUGCCGGCAAAGCCGAAUAUCCGAUCCCCAUGUACGCCAAUGCCUGGCUGAAUCUCGAUAACCCAGCCGAGCUGGACUUGACCGAUACAUCAGUAAUGGUUGGCGGAGGUCACAAGCCUGGUGUUUAUCCAUCUGGCGGACCGGUUCCUCACACAAUGGAUGUUUACUCCUUCAAUGCGCCCAGUCUAGACUUCCUUGGCCCAGACCUGUACUUCCACGACUACGAUAUGACAUGCCAGAACUAUCGACAUGGCGGUCAGCCGUUGUUUAUCCCCGAACAAAGGCGUGAAGAGAAGGGUGCACGCCGCAUCUGGAGCGCCUAUGCCAACUUCCUCGCGCUGGGCUGCUCUCCGUUCGGCAUCGACUCUCUUCUGGCAUCUGAAAGCGCCUUCACAAAGCCCUAUGGCCUGAUGCAUUCACUACGAAAGCAGAUUCUCGAAGCACAAGCAAACCGGCCUGAAGACAUGAUGGGGUUCUUCUUCGACGAGUUCGUCGAUGGCCAGAAGAGCAGCGAGAAACCGCAAACAAAGAUCAUGGGUGACUUCCAAGUUAUCAUAGAGCGUGCUUUCGUCUUUGGAAAGCCAGGACCUGGAGCAGGUAUGGUCAUACACCAGGGCGAUGGCAAAUUCCUUUGUGUCGGAUGGGGUUUCAGUAUCUCAUUCAAGAGUACUAACCCCAAGUCGACGUUCACGGGCAUUCUGCAUGCAGAAGAGAAGGAGGUCAACCCUGAGACAUGCGAGCUGUCAACACUGAAGAUACUGGGGGGCGAUGAGACGAGAAGUGGCAAGUUCCUCAUCAUGCCGAAUGAGGAGCCAGACUAUGGAGGUUUCCCCAUCGUAGUGACUAUCCCCGCUAAUACCUACAUUGCUGAAUGUUGGGCCUACAGUCUCGAAGAGGGCGAGGAUGACUAUUGA